AUGCCCAUCAUGUCACUUAACACAAGGUUCGUCUGUUUAGGGUUGAGCAUACUCAUAGCUCAGGCUGGGGCUGAAAGUCUUGUAAGUGAUCUUAGCUUUGGACAAACUAGGCUACCAGUAAAUAGCCAGGAAAUUCCAAACUUUCAACUCACCGGAACACCUAGUUCUCCAGAAAUUCUCUCAAAUAAAAUAGUACUCACACCUCCCACUCCUGGGAAUGUACGUGGAGCGAUAUGGUCUCAAAAGACCAUGUCUAAAAAUUAUUGGAAACUCGACGUUGAGCUUAGAGUAAGUGGGCCUGAGCGGAGUGGAGGGAAUACACAAAUCUGGUAUGUCAAGAAUGGUUACGAGAACGUUGGAACUGCUAGUCUGUACACUGUGGGAAAGUUUGAUGGCUUAGUGUUGAUAAUAGAUAAGUAUGCGGGAUCGGCCGGCGUUGUUCGUGGAUUUCUAAAUGAUGGAACUACUGAAUUCAAAUCUCACCACAAUGUAGACAGUCUAGCAUUUGGACACUGCGACUACCCUUACAGAAAUCUCGGUCGAGCGUCUCGAAUAACCAUUGCUCAAUCUAGCUCAGGCUUCCGGGUCGAGGUAGAUGGGAAUAAUUGCUUCUCCUCUCCACAUGUAACCCUUCCUGCGGGAAAUAACUUUGGUGUCUCGGCAGCAAGCGCAGAAAACCCCGAUUCAGUCGAAGUAUUUAAACUAUCUGUUUCGACUAAUUCUGGACAAGAUGAAAGUCCUAAGACCCAACAAGAAAACUUGGGGGCCGCAGGAAGCCAAGGAACUAAGGACUCGGGAGUCGAAGCUGAACAGGCUGGUAAAAUUACAUCGAGCCCUCAAUCCAACAUAGAACAAUUUGCGGAUGUUAAUGCGAAGUUACAAUUGAUGAUGAUUCAAAUGAACCGAAUAAAUCAAGCAAUUGCCACCCAACAGACUGAUAAUUCAGUAAAGCAGGAAGAAAUACUUUCUCGACUGCGUAUUAUAGAAAAAACAGUUGGUGGCUUAAAUGUAAUCAACGAACAUCUUGUCGAAGUCAAACGAGAUCUUGAAGAUGUCAAACAUGAAAUCCAUGAAGCAUUAGACGACUAUAUUCACUCGUUGAAAUCACAUACCGCGGAAAACCACGAAGAGCUAAUGGCCACUCAUCAGAAUCUCCACAGCCGUGUUAACGGGCUCGGAAGUUUUACAAAGUUCGUUUUUGUGAUCGUUGGUAGUCAAGUCAUACUAGUUCUAGCGUUUAUCAUGUACAAGAAACACAAGACAAGGAUACCAAAAAAAUUCAUAUAA